AUGGCAAGACUUAAAGGGGAAAUCACCUCUUUUGAACAAAAAGAAAGUGAAUCUCUGUACGAGGCUUGGGAACGAUUCAAAGGAUUACUCAGGAAGUGUCCGCAACAUGGAAUUGAAGCAUGGGAGAAAGCAAGAAUCUUUUUCCAAGGAAUGACACCCAACACAAGAACACUGGUAAAUGUUGCUGCAGUGGGCUCCUUGAAAACAAAAACUCCAGAGGAAGCCCUAGAAUCGUUGGAAUCCUUAGCUUCUCAAGAAUUUGACAAUGCACCAGUUGCAAAAAGGAGAGCAGGAAUUAUGAAGCUCGACGGCUAUGAUGCAAUCUUAGCCCAAAAUGAACAAAUGCUGCAAAUGCACAAGAAACAACAAGAACAAUUAGAUGCUCUUACUAAACAAUUUAAUCAUUCUCAAGUUUCUUCUAUUAGUAAUUCUCAAAUUAAAUAUGGUAUUUGUGCAGAGGCUCUUGCGACGGAAGAUUGUGACUACAUGAGAACAACUGAAAAGCCAUCAGCAGAGGCCAAUGGAAUCUGGUUCAGAAUCAACAUCCAGGGUGCAAAUGCUUUCAGAGAGGACACAUCUGCUUUCAUGCAAGAGACUAGAUCAGCACACCGGAAUCAAGAAGCUUCCAUAAGAAAUCUGGAAAUUCAGAUUGGCCAGUUGUCGAAGCAAUUUUCUGAGAGAGCUCAGGCCGAAAAGAAACUAUUCAAGUGGGAGAAGAAGAAAGCUCUUGAAAGACAGAACAAGCCAUUGAAUCUCUCCCCAUAUGCUCGAAUUCCUUAUCCUCAGAGAUUAAAGAAAGAUAUUCAGAAGCAGCAGUUCAUGAAGGAUCUAUUAUCAAGGAAGCGUAAGUUGCAGGAAUGUGAGACGGUGAAUCUGUCGGAGGAAUGUAAUGUUAUCAACAAAAAGAAGUUACCUACCAAAGACAAGGAUCCAGGGAGCUUCAGCAUUCCCUGCACUAUAGGCAAAGCGGAAGUGGACAAUGUUUUAUGUGAUAUUGGAGCUAGCAUCAAUGUCAUGCCACUCUCCAUGAUGAAGAAGCUGGGGAUUACCGAAGUGAAGCCCACAAAGAUGAUAGUGCAACUGGCUGACUGCUCUUCAAAGCAAGCUUAUGGCAUCAUUAAGGACAUAUUGGUAAAGGUAGACAAAUUCAUCAUUCCUGCUGAUUUUGUCAUCCUUGACAUUGAAGAAGAUGCCACAAUUCCUAUGAUUUUUGGAAGACUCUUCUUGGCAACUUCAGGAGCACUGAUUGAUGUACUUAAAGGUGAGUUUAUCUUACGGGUAGACGGAGAGCAAGCAAUUUUCAAAUUCUUUGACAAAGAAGUCCCCUCAUCCGUAGCUCAACCGGAAGAUCAAGUCUACUAUAUUAGUGAAAAGAAAGGUUAA